GAAAAGGGUUAUUUAGGUAAAACAAAAUCUAAAAAAAGUGAUGCAUCUUUCAAAAUAAUUACAUUUAUGCUGCUCAUUUUAUUCAUAUAAAUUCCGACCUCAACCUAACCCUCUGUUACUUGCCUCCACUCUACUCAUUUUUUCUUCUUCUAGGAAAGACUCUCUCCCCUUUCAACAUGUCCGGCUACCCAAAUCAGUCUCCAAAUUACGGUUACGGCUACAACGCACCACCACCAACCCAAUCCUACGGCGCACCGCCUCCAUCUCAGUCUUAUGGCGCACCGCCUCCAUCUCAGUCUUAUGGCGCACCGCCUCCAUCUCAGUAUGGCGCACCUCCACCCGGUCAGUCAUACUCCGCCAGCCCCUACGGACAGCCGUCGGCUCCCUACGCCGCUCCUCAUCAGAAACCCCCAAAAGAAGAAUCACACUCCAGCGGCGGAGGUGCAUACCCACCACCGGCACACGGGAGCCCGUUCGCGUCACUGCUGCCAUCGACAUUCCCUCCUGGAACCGAUCCCAGCAUCGUUGCGUGCUUCCAGGUGGCGGAUCAGGAUGGAAGCGGUUUGAUCGAUGACAAGGAAUUGCAGAGGGCUCUGUCUUCUUACAAUCAGAGCUUCAGUUUGAGAACUGUGCACCUCCUCAUGUAUCACUUCACCAACACCAGUGUUAAGAAGAUAGGACCCAAGGAGUUCACUUCUCUGUUUUACAGUCUUCAGAGCUGGAGGGGAAUAUUUGAGAGAUUUGAUAAGGACAGGAGUGGCCAAAUCGAUUCAAAUGAGCUGCGAGAUGCACUGUUAAGUUUGGGUUAUGCUGUUUCUCCUACGGUAUUGGACUUGCUUGUCUCCAAGUUUGACAAAACUGGUGGCAAACACAAGGCUGUUGAAUAUGACAAUUUCAUUGAGUGUUGUCUCACCGUGAAGGGACUAACUGACAAAUUCAAGGAGAAGGAUACUGGGUAUACUGGCUCUGCAACAUUUUCCUAUGAGGCGUUUAUGCUGACUGUCCUGCCAUUCCUGGUGGCAUAGGAUAGUAACGGUGUAUGUCUGUCAGUAAACUAUCUAAAACUUACUAGAGCUGUAAUUUGGUUUGGAGAUAGAUAUGUAUUGGCGAAUGAGUUAUCUUUGGACAGCCCUGCCGUUUACUUUUAUUAAGCUUUUCAUUAGCCUUUUCCUAUAAACAAAUCCUAAAAUAUUAUGUUUUCAGCUUGCUGAUAACUUCCUUCUAGUACUCUAUGUGUGAGGUCAUGAAAUUAAGUUUGGUAAUUCUAUAUACUACUUUGUAUCUCUCUAAACAUAAGUCUGUUUUGGAACAAGUUUGUUCUAAAUACUACAAAGUGUUAUGAGAGUUGAGAAGUUAGAGUUUGUA